UCCCUCCUCCCGCUGCCGCGGAGCCUCAGCCUCGGGCGGCUCCUCCCAGCGCGGCUCUGCCCGGCUCGGAGCGGAUCGGAGGACCGACAGCAGACCCUAGACAAACCAUAUCAGUUCAUUUUGGGAAGCGGCCCAAGAACGUGUGUGGUGAAAAGCUCUGCAAGUGAUUUGAAUUUGCAUCCCAAACUAAGGUCACUGUGACAUUGAUAUCUGCACUGGGAAGACCCUUUGGAUCUGGACAAGGAGACCGUUUACCUUCCCAUCACCCAUGCCAUGUACUCUUUUUUUUUUUAUCUCACCUAAUUCUCAGACUUCACUUUUGUACAUCUUCUCCCGGGCAGGCAAGAUGACCCAAAACAUGGUGACUGUGAAUGGAGUCGAUGUGGCCUCUACCCUGUCCCAGCCCACCCACAUCAACAUCCACAUCCACCAGGAAUCAGCUCUGACAGAACUGCUGAAAGCUGGGGGUUCCCUGAAGCAGUUUCUUUUUCGCCCUCGGGAUGCUGGCCCUUCCAAGGCCCGGAGGAGCCAUGAUCAGCUGGCUCUUGGGGUGACUCAGAUAUUGCUGGGGGUUGUAAGCUGUGCUCUUGGAGUGUGUCUCUACCUCGGGCCCAGGAUCCAGCUGCGUGCCUCGGGCUGUGCCUUCUGGGCGGGGUUUGUGGCUAUUGCAGCAGGGGCUGGGGCCAUCGUUCAUGAGAAGCAUCCGGGCAAACUUUCAGGCUGUGUGUCGGGUCUGCUCACCCUGGCUGGCCUUGCUACGGCUGUGGCUGCUAUUGUCCUCUGUGUGAACAGUCUAACCUGGCAAACUGAUGGCUUCUACUACAUUGACUCCGUGUGUAAUCGCCCAGACCCUGUCACCACAACCCCUGAGUACAGAUGGAUGCAGAAAAGACAUUACUACUUAGGCUGGGACGAGCAGAUGUGCAGAGACUACAUGAAGAUGCUGGUGAACUUGUUCCUAGCAGUCCGUGCCCUGCUCCUGGCUGUCUGUGUCCUGAUGGUCACUGUGACCUUGGCUUCUCUGGGAGUGGGUCUUCGAAGCUUGUGUGACCAGAGCUCCCAGCCCCUGGAUGAGGAAGAGUCAGAGAAGAAGCUGUUGGGGGAGAAUUCGGUGCCUCCGUCCCCCUCCAAGGAGAAGACUCCUGCUGCCAUCAUCCUGUGAGCAGCAAAAGCCGCUGCCUGGGCCCCUGCAUGUCCCCGUCCAGAGCAGCCCUGGGCCCAUGAGGAGGACGGUCCGCUCGCCCCAGGGCCCCCCACGACCCCAUUCCUCCUGCUUGCCUCUCUCUGGGCCACUGUCCAAUCCCCCUCUUUUCUUCUCUCCCACCGUCCUCACCCACCAUUCCCACUCCAGUGUCCUCAAGUCAGUGAACACAUAAUUGUCACAUUUUCCCCAAAGCUGAUUAAACAGAAAUAACCAGGAAAAAUAAUUUUGCA